AUAACGUGACAGGAUCCAGCUGAACCGAAAGCGAGCAGCAGAGCAACAGUGAACUUAUGAUCAGGCUGUGAUGCACACGGGUGACGCCGCGCUCCUGUAGUCGCAUAACCACAGACUGGCGUGGGAUCGGUCCCUGCUGCGCCUCAUCUGGAAUAACGUCGGGAAAAUCCAGAAAUUUCAUUAGCGGGUGUUUUUUUAAGGAGGAGAGCAGUGUCGAAAAUAAUUCCCUUUGGGCAACCGUUUCCAUCGGAAGGGAGUUUUCUGUACUUUGCAGAAGCCUGAGCAGAUUUAUUCCGAUAGAGAAUCACCAAAUAUAGGCUGUAAUAAGGAACCAUGGGAAAGCAGAACAGCAAGCUGACUCCCGAGGUGAUGGAGGAUCUGGUGAAGAACACAGAGUUCAAUGAGCACGAGCUGAAGCAGUGGUACAAAGGCUUCCUGAAAGACUGCCCCACCGGCAGGCUGAAUCUGGAGGAGUUCCAGCAGCUUUAUGUCAAGUUCUUCCCUUACGGGGACGCUUCAAAAUUUGCACAACACGCCUUCAGAACCUUUGAUAAAAACGGAGACGGGACCAUCGAUUUCCGAGAGUUCAUCUGCGCCCUGUCCAUCACAUCCCGUGGCAGCUUUGAGCAGAAACUCAACUGGGCCUUCAACAUGUAUGACCUGGAUGGUGACGGCAAAAUCACCAGAGUGGAGAUGCUGGAGAUAAUCGAGGCUAUCUACAAAAUGGUGGGCACUGUGAUCAUGAUGAAGAUGAACGAGGACGGUUUGACACCAGAGCAGCGGGUGGACAAGAUCUUCGGCAAAAUGGAUAAGAACAACGACGACCAGAUCUCGUUGGAGGAGUUCAAAGAGGCGGCGAAGAGCGACCCGUCCAUCGUGCUCCUGCUGCAGUGUGACAUGCAGAAGUGAGCCCACCCUUGCUUGCUCCUCUCCCUGUCUGUAAUCCACACACUCUGGACAGCAGCACAUGUUUUAAUGUCUCAUUAGGUUCUCUGCCAUUUCCACAGGAAAAAAACAAUGCUUGGACUAUUUUUCAAUGGACUCGCUUCUUGUGGUUGUAUGCAUGAGAAUGUCAAAUGCUGAAUAAUUUUGAAUAUAGCUAUAAGAUAUCAUACAUUUCUAUUUCAAAACAUGCCAAUGUGAUUUGUGCACAGUAAUCCUAUACAUUCUCAUCCAACCCUAGCUUGUAUAUCAGUGGAGCACUGCAUUAAAUUAUGUUCCUGCAGUAUUUAGGAUCCCCAGUGUUCACUGCUGCAACUACUGUACGCUUUACAUAAUAGUAACAAAACAAUAAUUCCUAUGAUAAUUGUAACUGUCUCUACUACCCAGACUUGUUGAGCUCUUGGAGAAUAGAGAGGCUCCUGUCUGUUUCAGAUGUUUUCACACGAUGGAACCAAGAAGAGUAGGUUCUUUGCAUGCAUAUAUUACGUGUCAGAAAAAAAAUAUAAUCUCUUAC